CGUGAAACUGAGUCCUAUCGCAAAGCCAUUUUAAACCCUCUACCGCACCGCACCCUACAGUCCGCGGAAUGUCCUGAGCAAAUGGAAAACACCACAUACAUGUUUCAGCUGCGAAGGCAGCCUAGAAAGCCUGGCAGCGGAAGGCAGAGGCGUCCGCUGACGCUCCCGUUGACCAGUGCGUUGGGAGCUACUGGGGCGGGCAUAAAGCGGAGGUCGCGGCUGCGCGCAAGCACCAAGCAUGCGCUAACAACAGCAACAGACGACGCUGGCUGCCUGGUACCCGCAGGCCCGCCGGCCGUGGGCACAGCGUCGGCCCUAGGCCUGCACCCGCCGGCUCAGCCGCCCACCCAGUCACCGGUUGUGCGCGCCAAGAAGCAGCGGGUUGCUGAGAUCCCGAAGCAGAAGCCAGCCACUGCUGCAGCUGCUAACAGCCCGGUGGCAGCGUUGGCACCAGCAGCGGCACACGGCGAGACGGUGGUGCACGCCUUCGACCCCACCGAAGGGCGCCAGCAUCGCGUGCUGGUCAUGGGCUUUUCGCAGGGCUCGCGCCGGCGCGCCCAGCCGCGAACGUUCACGCUGUCGUUCAAAGUCCCGCCGCCCCCCCGGUAUCCAACGCCGGCGCCCAGCCCGGUGCCAUCGGCUGCGCCCUCGCCGCUGGCAACGGCAAGCCGACUUGCGACACCCGCUCGUUCGCCAGCAGCCACCGUGUCCCUGUCGCCACUGACCGGCAUGCGGGGCCGCAUAAGCGCAGCAGCAUCGCCGGGUGUGCGGGAGCCCCACCUGGACGACCUCGUGGCUCUGGCCUUCGAGGCGGCACACGCGGCGGAGGCCAGGAAGCAGGCGGAGAUGCAGCGGCCCAGCGUCUCAGCAGCUGCUACGCCUGCACCUGGCCGGCUGCCGGCGGGGCCUGCCCCUGGGUUGCUGACUCAGGACACGCCUGCUCGGCUGCACGCCACGCCCAUCGAGGGUGUGCCUGAGCGGCUGCUCCUGCCGCCGCUCACCAGCGACCGCCGGCGGAGAUUUGGGAACCUGGAGGUGCGGUCAACGCCGGCAGCAGGCCAGCAGGUGCCAGGCACAUCUGUGAAGGGCUUCACGCCCAUCGAGGGUGUGCCGGAGCGCAUGCCCGACCGCAGUGUGAAGCGGAUGCGGUUAAGCGCGCCCUUUGCUCGACACCUUCCGCCUGUGCCGCCUAGCCUGCAGCAGGAGCGUGGUGAUGGACAGGCUGCCGGCAAGGACGUGCCAGAGCCUUCGGAGCGGGCGGUGCCGGAGAACAACGGCACAGGCCAGAAGGCAGCAUCGCCCAGCGGUGCGACCAGCCAGCUGGACAACCUUGCACAGCUCCAGCCGGCGGAGAUCGCUGCAGCGGUGUCGGCUGUGGCGCGCGCGGCGCUAGAGCGUGUGCGUAACUUCCACGAGCGCCUCCAGCCGUGCUCGGCCAGCACGGAGCAGGAGGGAUGCGCGGCGGCAGCAACCACGGACGUUGCGACAUCCUCGCACACCUGCGUCUCGACGCCAGCCGGGCCGACCAGCUCCCUCACGAGCAACACACCCGCGGUCGUGAAGAUGCACAACCUGGCUGCGGCUGCAGUGGAUGCGGUGCAGCGGGCAGCCGAAGCCAUGGGAGGGCCGCCCACCUGCCGGCCACGUCCAUCGCUGCUCGCAGGGUUGCCACCCCGCCCGCCAGCGUCAGUUAGCGGCACACCGGUUGCUUCAGGCGGUCCUGCCGGGGCUGCAGGCGCGGCAGGCCCCGCGGCGGCGCAGCACCUCAUGGAGGCGGCUGACGGCCAGGCUGGCAUGGAGGACAUCAUCCACCGCGCGCCGGCCGGUACGCUCAUCUUUCCCUCGCGGACGCCCUCCCCGAUGGGUGGAUUCCGGUGGCCGUCGACAACGCAAGGGCCCCUACCUCAGUUGGAUCCAGGCGCUGUGCGUUCAGCGGGCAUGGUGACGCCAACACUGGUGGCGGCGACAGCAGCAGCAGCGGCAGCGGUAGGCUCCACCUCAUCACCGGCACUGGAGGAGCGGGUAGGCAGUGGCGAGCAAGCAGGCCCCAGCCGUCCCUCCGGCGCCCAGGCAGCUGGUAUCGCUGCGGCCAAGGCAGCACCAGUCGCAGUCGCGGUGUCCUCGGCCAGUGCCAAGGCCAAUGGCACCAGCCAGCAGGCGCAAGCUGCUGCGGGGGCUGUGGACGACGCCAUGGAGGCUGGCUGGCAGGAGGAUGCUGCAAAUGACUUGGGCAUGGACGAGGAUAUGGAGUAUGAUGAUCAGGAGGAGGCGGAGGCAGGGGCAGAGCGACAAGAGGACGAGCAGGACGCCGAUGCCGCACAAGAGGUUUUGGCGUUGCCUGAGGAGCCAGCGGCCCGCGGUAGCAGUGCCGAGCAGCGCUCCGCUGGCAGCAGCGGGGCACGGGCCAGCGGAAGUAGCAGCGGUGAGCGAAACCACAGCAGCGGCGCUGAGGGCGAGGCAGCCGCCCGGUCAGGGUCCGCUGCGCACUCUUUGCGUCAUUCGGUGGAGGAGCACGUGAAGGAGCGCCGGUUUCUGCAGGGCCGCAAGAGCCUGGCAGGCAACGGUCUGACAGUGGAUGAGGGCGGCACGCGCCGCAGCACACGCAGCCGGGUUCGGCCGCUGCAGUAUUGGCGCGGCGAGGCCAAGACGUACAACCGCGCCCACAACACCCUGCCCACCAUCAAGGCCAUCAAGAUGCGCACACCCGAGCCCAAAUGGCCGCGGCCAACAAGCGCACAUGAGAAGGCGAAGCGGAAGGCUCGCACCAAGCAGGCCGCGGGCUUGGACGCCGAGGCUCAGGAGGCGUGAUGCUCGCGUGGCUUUGGUGUGGGUUCGUUGCUGGUGGUGAUCAUGACACGCUUGACACCUUUUGCGUCUGCUGGCGUUGCCGACGACAGACUAGUCGUACAGUCCGAUACGUUGGUGUGUACAUACAGUGCUAUGGACUAAGGUGGAUGCGUGGUAAGAUAAGACUUGGGUUGAGGACAGUAACAGACAGAAGCGCAGUGCCCGGACUACUUGACUGUCCAGCCCAACAGUUACAUGUGGUUUGUGGCCUGGUGGGGCUCCCUUUGGCGCAACAGUGACUAAGUGGCAGAUCGGCAUCUGGUGUUGAGGUCGACGCAACAUUUCCAGGACGACGGUACGGGGGCUGCGGCGCUCAGGGUCCACCUGCGUAACGCGCAAAGGAGUACGCCCGCUGUAAAUGACCCAUGGA